CUUGACCAUAUAAGCCUGCCUGCUCCGUUCUACUGCAAUCCGAAGCCAGCUAAGCAUUCUUCCCCUGUGAACAUUUGCGGUUUGUGCAGUCAAGAUGAGUGGUGUUGUGGUAAAGAACAUGUCCUUCAAGUUGGGCCAGACCCUGACCAUCACAGGGAUCCCUAACUCUGAAGCAACACAUAAUUUUAUCAUCAAUGUGGGCAAGAGUGACGAUUACCUCGCCCUGCAUAUGAGCUUUCGCUUCGACCACCUUGGAGACACUCAGACCGUGGUGUGUAACUCCUACCAUGGAGGCAUGUGGUUUGAGGAGCACAGAGAGGGAGGAUUCCCAUUCAACCAGGGAGAGGAGUUUAAGGUGAGAAAUGACAUUGUGUGUGUGUGUAUAAAUAUCACCUUCACCAAGGAGCAGUUCCUAGUAGCUCUACCCGACGGCUUGGUGAUCCACUUCCCCAAUCGCCAAAGAGACUAAAAUUAUCAAUUAAUUGACUUUGAGGGCGAAGUCAGUAUCCAGGGCAUCGAGAUCAUUUAGAGAUGAGUUUUAAGUUAAUUUUAAUGCUGCCAUUCCUAGCCAAUGGAUGGAGCCACUAACAGUGAAAUCUACAAGUAAAAUAUACAUUUUACAGGAGCAGCACAUUACAAGCUUGGAAGUGUUGAAAUGUGAAAAGUUCCCUGGGAGUUAAAUUAAUAUCAAUUGUUUUAUUGAAGAUAAAUGUGUCUUUCAUUAAUGUGGAACAAUCAUUCCAGAAGUGGUUUUAUGAAAAGUGCAAAAUAUUUGUUAAUUAAAAUGAUAUUAUUUU